AUGUAACUUUCUUUCUACUUUCCGGAACAGCAGCGCGAUGCUGCGUACCUACAAAUGACAUAUAGAAGUAUAAAGAGGCGCAACGUCUUCAUCGAUGUUUAGUUUGAGGCCCGCAUCGUCGCAACGUCAUUACUGCCUACUGAACUUCGCCUUUACAAUCGAUAAGGACGAGCUAACCCUGGAGCAGAAGCGUUCGAAAUUAUGUUCGGAAGCAGCAACAAGGGCGACGCGAAGUGGGAGCCGUGCAAGAAGUGCAGGUCCUACUACGAGGAGCUGGCUGGCACCUUGGAGCAGACGAAAUCGUCCAGCGAAAGUAACAUUUCGAAACUGAAUCGCGAUGUGAAAGCUGCAAGGGACAAAGGGGCGGCGGACCUGGCGGCGCUGGAAGCGCGAUUGAAAAAGGAGUACGACGGAAAAAUGGCGGCUGUCAAGGCUGAAGCGCAGAAACAGAGUAUAAUAACACGUAUUUUUGAAUAUUGUACUAGUUAGGAGAAGUUGUGAAGAACAAUGAACAACACACCGUUGCCAUUGUGUUUGUAAGAAAAACACGCAUGCUUGUUUCGCAUGACUUCUACGACUAGUUUUAACUACACUAAUAUCAAAUAGCCAACAUCCACAUCGAAGAUUAACAAUGAUAGCGAAUGAGAACGUUCUAAGCUACCAGACAAAUUUUGAAUGCAUCUUCGGUAUCGAGAAGGCACCACACACACCAUUGCAGUGGAAAACAUUUUCGUUUUCGUACACGAAUUGGAAUUCGUAGACAGAUAUCAGGAAGAAAGGAAACUUCGGUCCUGAUUCAGCGAAGGAAUUUGACAGCUAAAGAUCGGUCAUAUGCUCUUCGUACACGCUUUCCUUGUCGCAUCGUACAUCAGAACCAUUCGUGCCUCAAGUACUGCAGACUAUGCAACAGCGCCAUCUUACUUUUACUUCGAAUUUCCAGUCAACUCAAAGUCAAACACAAACUGCCAGGAUUCGGAUUGUAAGGCUGACCACACUAACUCUCCAUAAACAAAAGUACACAUAUAACAAACAUGCCCUGUCAAGAAAAACAUGAAAACUCCUUUUUACCCUUCAGCUAGCAUGGCAGCGCAGAUCUAAUCACGACGAUCAGGGGACCCCCUUGACAUUAGGAAUAAGCUACUUCUCGCACCACCAACGCUUUGACUACAUACACUUUUGCCUUUGUGUAUUUUUUUUCGGACAAAUUUUCUUACCUCACCUCCGUUUUUUAGUUCCCCUCCACCACCUUUUCCUCCUCCGUUUCCCGCACCUUCCACCACACCAAAUCCGCGACCAACAGCAACAUGGUGAACUGUUGCGACUGCAGCAAGCCGAUCACCGGCACCUACUAUGAGACCGAAAGUGGUGGGAAGCAAUGCCAGGCCUGCGCGGAGAAAGAAGCCGGCUACUGCGUCGCGUGCAAGAAGUCCAUGCUCGAGGGCGACGGCGGUGUGACGCUGGGCGACAUCCAUGUGCACAGCAGUUGCUUCAAGUGCAUCAGCUGUACGAAGCCGAUCACCGGCGGCUUUUUGGAGAAGAAAAAGCUUUUAGACAAGGCCGACACGGCGGCGAUCGCGGCCUGCAAGCCCACGGACUGGUUCUGCGCGGACUGCGGGCAGAAAUUCCAGCGGGCGGAAUGGGAGAAGAAGCACCCGCAGGCCGCGAAGCAAGCGCCCGCGGGGAAGCCAGGAGUGUGCACGUUUUGCAACGAGCCGCUGGGCUCUGGAGAGCAGAUCGGGCGACUGGGCGAUGGAUCGCAGUUUCACUCGCGCUGCUUCAAGUGCAGCACGUGUGGCGACCCAAUCAAGGGACAGUUUGUCAAGGGAUCGAAAGGGAUCACCUGCAUGAAGUGCGUGCCGAAGUGCGCUGGAUGCGGCCAAAAUCUGUCCGGGCAGGUACAAACUCAAAAAAUGGAAAUCGUUUCGUGCUGGCUGUCGUGCUGGCUAAGGACGAACUCGGAUCUACUUCUUGCGCUACAAUUAGCCCGAGAGCUGCAGGUCAUUUGCGCCCGCGCCCGCCCAAAGCGAACGCCCAUAUUCUCGGACGAGAAGUUGCCGAUGCUACCGAAGAUAUUAACUUCAAACGCGGUCGCGAUCAUGCUACAGCGUAGCACGUUACCGCUUUAUACCGCGCUGCGCCCACUGAUGCCCUUAAUGAGAUAGGUAAAGUUAGUACUGAGCCGCCCGCUGCGUUUUUGUUUCGUUUUGUCGUUUUUCUUGUUCGUUUGACUGCUCACACCCUCAUUGCCAGAAGUUGCUUUGCGUUUGGCCUCGUGAUGUGCCCGCGCCUCAUGGAAGAUAAUGUCCUGCUGAUACUAUUGUUUGUGCGUUUCAGUCUUCUUAAUGUUUUUCUCAAAAGUGAUUUUCGAAAAACAAAAUCUUACGUCGACACAGAUCAUGCAAGCCGGUGGCAAGAGCUACCACAAAGUUGGGCCGGACGGGCACUGCUGCUUCAAGUGCAUAUGAACUGCAAAAGUAUCGCACUCGUAUAACACAUGAUUUCUGCAUUACAAAUUUUCUCAGCAUGAGAAAUGAGAUUUGUAAUGCUGAUUUGCCUUAACAAAAAGAUUUGUAAUGCAUGACGACAAUACGAGUACGAUACUUUUGCACAGGAUAGUUCACUCACUGCAACCAGGCCAUGGAUAACGGGUUCUUCCCGGUAUCAACUGCAAAAAUGUCUAGGUCUAGAAGAUUGCAACUUGUCAUGCUGUUUUUGGACUCGAAAAAAAAUUGUGUUGCAUGACCAGCAAGAGGGAUGCAAUUUGUGCUACGCGGAGGACAGGGCAUUUCUCAUGCGGAAGGUGCAUCAGGAAGCCCUCUAAAAGUCUGCGAUGCUAGGUCAUGCAUUACAGGCAUCAUGGGUCAUGAGAAAUAUGCAUUGCAAAUCAUGCAUUCUUCCAGACCCAGACACUUUUGCAUUUGAUACCCGGACCCAGGAGACGAAACGCGUUACGUGUGCGAGCCCUGCUACGCAGAAAUCACGGAGAACAUCGCGAACGCGAAGCACGACGAGGAGCGGCAGAAGCAGAUCCGCGCCACGGACGAGAUCGAGCGCGGCCAUGCGUGUGUGUGGUCGGACGCGUACCGUGGGCGGCCAGAGGACACCCUCUACCUCUUCGACGAAGCGGACAAAACGGAAUUGGCAAAGGACCCGAAGCACUGCUGCGUCUUCUUAGAUUCCGACGAAAACAUGCACGUGGGGAAGGCGCACGACAUCCGGCACAGCAUCAACUUGGAAUAUUUGGUCGAGGCGUGUAAAAUGAUCCACUUGAACAACGGGCAAGAUCCAGUGUUCUCUCUCGACCCGGCGGACCCGCACGAUUUGGGCGGGAAACAGCAGAAAAAGCGGUUCAUUCCGGAUGAGAUGUGCAACGGACCGCUAGGCGAAGUCAUGUUCCAGGCAGAUUACUUCUUGAAAAAAUUCAGCUUCGGCGACGCCCCGGUGGAAGGGGUGAAGUUCGAGUCUUUAUUCGCCACGGACCACAGUUCCACCGGAGCCCGGCAGUGGUUCGUGAUCCAGGACGGGAACGUGACGAUCUCGCAGGACCGGGUUUUUAUCGUCGACGUGAAAAUGAUCGUGGACGCGCGCCGAUUGGAAAUGGGUCCCGAGGGGUACCGCGACGCACCUCUGACCGAGCCGGAUGAUCCGGCGUUGCUCCACGCACACCACUUUUCGGAAAACAUGGAAACUCUGCGGAAAAAAGUCCCAAGCGUGCACGAACUCUUCGAGUGCGCGAAGGCGAUGACGCUGGCCAAGUACUUGAUCAAGAAGCGAAAAUUGAACAUCAACGUGGAAAAGAUUUUAAAUUACUUACCCCGACCGAUUUUGGAGGAGAUCAACGCGGUGAAGAAAACCACCGCGCACACAGAGAAGGGGCGGGAACCGAUGUCGGAGUACCCGAGAUUAAUCCCGACGUUGCGGAAGGAGACGAAGCACACGUCCGUGCACCAUAAGGAAAAGGGGGACGGGAUUGAAGUGGAAGAGCACACACAGUCGAUGUAUGGGGGGGUCGAUCUCGGCGUUCCGGUGGAGAAGAUCGUCGUGAAGGAGGAACCCCUACCCGUAGCGGAUCCACAGCACCCACCACACCCGUUCCCGGUUUUGAAGCCCCGGGGCGCGCCGGCGGAUGACCAAGUGCCGAAGUGGGUGUUGCAAAACAGCAUGUCUCGCGACGACUACAUUCAUGCGGCGAAAGCUGCGCACCCGAGUCACAACAUGCCGAGCAAACGGAUCGCGGAAAGUAAAAGGAGCUCUGCGGGGGAAGCGGCUGCGCCGGGGGAAGAAGAGGACGAGGCGUUUGUGGACGAUGAACCGUACGUUGAUACGCACAUUUUAGAGGACAAAAAGAGCGUCGUAACCGACCGCGCGAGCGGUGGGGCUGCGAAAUCUGCAUCACAAACUCCCGGGAGUUCCCGUACUACGGCCGCGCCUCCAGCAGCGUCACAACCCCGUGGCAGCGCGGCCCAGCGAAUGGCGGCGUCUACUGGUUCGAGGGAAAGCGGGGUUACAGGUUCGAAUGAUCGAGCAGGCGGAUCGACUUUGUCGUCUGCAGGAAGAGGUGCUGGUGGUGCUCCUGCGAGAGCUGCGCCGUCGGGGACAACUACAGAGAGGCAAUCCGCCGCGGCCGCGGAGCAACAUAGAGCGACAGGAGCAACAACUGCGACUAGAGGAAGCGCUGGCACAACGGGAGCGGAGCAACGACAGCCUAGCACGGCAACCGCCGUUCGAGCAGCUGGCUCCACGGGAUCGCGCGCGGCUUCGGCUAGGCUACAGGAUCACGAUACUGUCGGUCCGUCCCCAGUCAGGACGACAGCCGGCUCGGCUUCAGGCAGUCAGCCGAGAAAGGCGCCGUCAACGGCAUCAGCAGGAAAAGAGGCAGCUUCGUUCCGACCUCCAAGUAGAUCUGCGGGAGCGAGCGGCGCUGCGCCCGCGAGAAAGAGAACAAGUGUAGCUGGCGGGAGCAUCAAGGAAGAGGAAGAUAAGGGCUUCUUCGGAGGCCUGUUCGGCUAGCGACGUCUUGUAGUGCUGAUAUUGUUCUCGUCGGAAGAAAAAUUCGAAAGCAGAAGUGUUUGUGGAGCUCGUCGUGGAGAUCAUACGAGUAGCCGCAGCGGUUCGCAACAUCCUUUUCAGCAGAUCUAUCCGAUAAUUUUCUUUUUGCCCGCCUACCUUUCCGCUUCCCCCGAUAGUUGUUCUCCCCUAUUUUGACUCCGACUUGUCACCGUCCUCUUUUGCUUUUUACGCCAGUUCCUGCUGUGCCAGCUGAUUUUGGAGGAAAACGGUCAUCUCUCGCUUCUUUCAUGAUCUUGAUUCCCAACCUCCAUAUGACCACCAUUGUCUUCACAGGGGAAGCUUUGGAGGCACAGAUCGAGAAAAUGAAGAAGGACGCUGCGGCGCAGCUCGAGGAUGGAGCUGCCCGUGGGUCCGUCGAGAUCGAGGAGUUGACUGCGCGUUUUCAAGCCGAAAUUGAAGGCUUGAAAACACAGCACGAACAGGAACAGGCGGAUGCCAAGGUACUUAGUUAUGCAGUGUCUUCUUGUUCGUUGUAUAAUGCGAUAAUUGCACGCCAUUUUUAGCAUGAUCGAAAAAGUGCAGUUACAUGAACAGAUGUCGUGGUAGUUCACCCUCUUGCAGCUUUAUUCUUUUCAGUGGUUAUUCUUAUCUUGCAGUAUCAUUAGUACGGCCUACGUAUUACAAAAAAAAACUCCAGCUCGCCGCAGCGCACGACCGUUCUGUGCUAGAGGAAGAGCACGCCACUGAUCUUCGGGAAUGGCGCAAGAAGCGUGAUGAACUGCUCGUUUCCCUGCGGAAAAAGGACGAGGCGGUGGCUGAAAUCAAAAAGCAGCUGGAAGACAAAACUUCGGAGUUGGACAAAACACAGCAACAGCUCGCGAUGACAGAAAGCAACCGAGACCUUGCAGAGAAGCAACUGUCCCUGCAGAAGAGAAUCACCACUGAAAACCACUUGCAGGCGAAGGAAGAGAUCCAAAAAGUUGAGUACGCCCACCGCAAAGCGCUUAGCCUGGACAGCAGUGAUGCGCUGGCGUACCGGCGCGAGACAAACGCGAACGACUUUUUGGAGAUCAAGCUGAGGAUGAUAAGAAACGAAAAAUCCGCUUUGAGGACUCGGACUCGGAAUGAAAAUCCGAAACCGUUGUACUCUUCCGCGAGCACGGCGACACUGUCAUCCACAACUUUGAGCACCUCCAUGUCCGCCCCGGGGCUCGCACAACAACUCGCAACCAGCCCAGACCCGGAGUUGUUUGAGGCAAGCAUCAGCAGUCCAAGUGCAGUAACGCGGAAAAAGCUCCUGCAGAAACUGCUGCAGAAUGCGCGCAUUUGAGGAAACAAGGCCGGAAGAAGCAUCAUCCCGAUAAUCGUUUGUUGAUGAUCAUGAAGAUCUCCUUCUUGCAGCAGCAACUUGACAGAGCUCGCUGAGAGCGCAAACGAAGAGCGAAAGCCUGGGCCGCAGGAGAUCCGCAUGCAGCCGGUGAUAUGCAGGACGAUGAGCAACCGCAACAUCAGUCAUUCGACGGGCACGAGUCCAAGAACGAGGAAGCCAGUGGAGUGUCCCAAGGCGGAGCAAACGUUUCCCGUCAUCAAGUGAGCGAAAGUCUGAGAUUGUAUUCACAAGGACGAGCAGCUGCACCUGCGCACGGCCUGCUGGCGAGGAAGGAAAGAAAAAGACUGGCUGAGAAAAUUAAGUAAAGUACUUCGACCGUUCGACACUGCGCUUCUACCUUACUUAGGACCUACCACAUUAUAUUACACUUCCGCUUUACGAAAAGUAUUUCGACGAACAAUAUUAUUCAAUCAUGUAAAAUUGCACAGCCAUCUCGUAAAUGUUUCAAAACAAGGCGACAUACUUACGUCUCAAUAUUCAAUCGAACCGUUGUAAAACGAAAAUUUAGGAAUCGCCAUAAGUAUCGUAGCAGAUGAUCUUCUCCUUCGAAGGGGACUCGGUCCUCACACUUGGGAAAUGUAUAUGCAGAAUAGGCAGCUACUCGCAAUCGUUUCACUACGUGCCGACAAAUUUUGCUCUUCUGUAUUUUACAGAGACCAAAGUAAGCACCACGUAAACUAGGACCUUUUUCCACCAU